AUGUCGCACCUGAUCUUCCUGGAGCUCUGGAAGGGACGUACCGACUUUACUGGCGUGGUGCAGUCGCCUCUUAUCAGCUUCAUCAAGCAAAUGAAUAGCAAGGAUCUUCAAGACUCCGGAUUUAAAUGGGAGUGGAAAGUCGACGAGCAGACUCUCAUCGGGUACAUUGGGCAGUGCCUCGCCUGGAUACGCUUGACGUGGCUGCAAGAACCCAACGGCGGUUUCGAUGGCGUCACCUACUGGGCUGAGAAGGUCUUGCUGUGGCAUGCGCUAUCUGAAGACUUUCCUGCUGAGAACACUCUUGGCUUCGAUAUUAGCGCAGACUUUCUCAAGCUUUUGGCCAUGAGCGUGGAUGCUGACGAGUCCGACGCGGUAUACGAGAAGGCGAAGAAGGCCACGUGGGGGAUGUUGACGCAGAGUGUGAUGCAGAAGAUCACACAUGGCAAAGGGCUGGGCGAAACAAUUCAUAUUGGCACGUUGCUGGACCUUCCGGAGAAUGAGGGUAUCGAUGCUGCGCCUGGUACGUUGGCAGGACUACUGCGAUAUGGCAGCGUGCAUCUGGAGCAGACAAGAGACUUGCCGUAUAUCAAGGCCCCUGCGGUGGAUCCCGAGUUCAUUCUUCACAAGGGAUUACUGGAGGCGUGA